UUUAAUUUCGAUUUUAGAGAUUGAAAAAUUUAAAACUUUUAAAAUGUUGACCAGAAAUUGUUUAAAAAUUACCAGUGUCUCAUCAAGAGCACUUUUAUUUAGAAAGUAUUUGCUUCACGAAAAACGUUCGCCAUCGCAAUGCUCGUGCCAAUUCAACUUUAGCAAAGCAAGGUCUAAUGAUACUAAGGUAUUAGCCAAAGUUGCCAACACUACUAAAGAUGUAUGCGUCUCAUCAGGGUCUGGAGAAAAAGUAAAUUCUGUAACAUCACAAAUAUUGGGAGCCUCAGAGGAGUUAUUAGAGAAAAUGAUAGCUGGUCUGUCGUCAGAUAUUCAUCAAAAGAACAGAGUGUAUAAGAAUGAUUUAGUCAGAGUGAUUGGGAAAGUGAAAGAGUUAAAUUUCUCGAGUAAAAGGCAGGGGCUGUUGCUACUGCACUGUUGUACAGAACUGCUCCCAGAUGAGACGCCUGCAACAAGGAUAGCGCUAGCUGAGGAGGUGUGGGCAGCAAUCAAGCCUCACACAAAGUUCACUGUGGAGCACUAUAAUGAGCUUCUCCGUGUAUAUGUAGCCAACGGCAAGAGUGUCAAAGCAAGCACAUUUAUUGACUCCAUGGCUCCUGUGAUACCAAAUAAUACCACUUAUGAAUUAAUACUGAGAGCACUUGGAGAGAUAGGAGACAUAAAUCAGGCGACUGAAGUGAUAGCCAACAUGAAGAACCAAGGUUUGCCGGCCACUGAGAGUGUUUUCAACUCACUUAUAUUGUGUCAGGGUAAAGCUGAAAACUACGAAAACGUCAAAGAAGUUCUAACAAUGAUGAAAUCCCUCAAAUUCGAACACACAGUAGACACUCACACGUCUAUAGCCAGAGCAUUAGCGUUCAACAAGAAAGAAGAACUUUUGCUGAAAGAGAUGGAGAUGGCGAGGCAGAAUGGACAUCAGUUCGAGGAGACUCAUGUUAUGGAGAUAGUUAAAAGCGUGGCGGCUGGGAAGAUGUAUAAAUUGGUGCCGAAGAUUCUCCGCUACCUACCAGAGUCAACUUUAAAAACCCCAUCAAUAUCUCCAUACAUGCAAAGCGUCUGCACAUUACUAGUCUACCAGAACCAUCCUCUAGUGGCCCUGGAGAUCUACAAAUGUCUUCCGCUACCAUCGUUUGGGCCUAAAGACGACCAAGGCUUGCAUGGACGAAGCUUGGUCAGAGACUGUGUUAAGGCUGGAAUCCCUUCCACAGUACUAAGCAAAGUGACGGAAGAGCUAAUGUCAUCGGGUCGAAAUCCUAUAGCUAUACAAAACGCAGCAGAAUGCGCCCUCCAACAGGACAAGGCAUUACUGGCCAUAGAUCUCUUCGACCGCAUGAAGCAGCGUGGACUGCCGUUACGCCCUCAUUACUUCUGGCCGAUCAUGCUACGAGCAUCCAAAAAUACCGGUGAAAAAGGCAUAAUGAACACCCUAACAAAAAUGAUCGAAAUGGACGUAAAACCCGACUACGAGACCAUUUCUAACUACACUCUACCCUACGUUAGUUUCACCUCCGCUCAGAAUCUGAUGAAAAAGUUCCAAGAUGCUGGGGUUUCAGUCACAACAGUAUUAACCCCAAUGAUGGAGUAUUUAUUGAAUACGGGGCAAGUUAGAGCUGCUAGCGAGAUAUGCGAACUCUUCAAAGGCAAAGUCGACAUGGAAAUCCUCCUCAAACCCCUCAUAAAAGGUUACCUCAUAAGUCUGGACCUCAAGUCCUCACUCCACAUUCUAGAAGACGGUAUUCAGAAGGCAUCGGACAAGAGUAAGGACUGGACAGGCAGAUUCUUGUGUACCUUUAUGAAGAAGAAGAACGAGUUUGGUGAUGUUUUCAAAUUUGUUAAGGAACUAAGAAAAACUCCCUUAAGAAUAUCGACAUCAGCUGCAGAUUUCUGCCUCACCCACAUACCGGAAUCUGUAAAACAAGAGACAGUCGACCAAUUCAAAGAGGCCAUCAUAGCUAUCACGGAUGAGAGGCUGAUAGAUGAGGGGGAUCUGUUCGCACAUCAGCUGCCGCAUCCGAAAAAUAUGAACGAAGAAGGCCUAAAAGCGCAUCUCAGUGAACUGGAAGCUAAAGGCAUGAACACACGCGGUGUUCUGAGGCGGUUACUUCAGCAGUAUUGCAAAGAAGGCAAUUUGACAGCCGCGAGAGAAAUCGUAGAUAAAUGUCAGAAAGAAGGGAUAUUCCUCUCAGCCGGCAUGAAAGCCAGCAUAUUCGACCUUCAUGUGAAAUCCGGCGAGCUAGAGCUAGCCGAGCUAGCAUUAGCCGACCUAAACAAGUCGGCACCCAACUUCACCUUGGACGAGUUCAAGGUCAUCGACUUCGCGACCAUGUGGGUGUGCAGGAAAGAGAUGGAGAAGGCUUUCGCUGUUAUAGAAGAACAGAGUAAAAAGAGACGAGUAAUGGGCGGUCGCGGUAUAGCCAUGAACUGCUUUCGUCUCCUCGACGCUACCGCUACCCACGGGACCCUCGAAGACGUCAAACGCAUGCUAGACCUGCUUACACGACUACGAUACUGUCAGCCUACCAACGCCAUGCUAGGACCUGUCGUCAGAUGGCAUAUUAACAACAACGACCUACGCGAAGCAGUCAACGAAUUCAGCCGCCUCGCCCAAAAAUACAACAAGACCCCUCUCAAGCACGAACUGCUCUGCAAAAUACUGGAAACCAUUAGUGAUGGCAGCGAAGACAGGUUCGUUGUGAACGCGAACAGCGGCGGGUGGGCGAACAAGCUCGCUCAGACCGUGUUCAAUGUUAACAAGAGGAUACACGGAGCUAGCGAUGUACAGCUAACCCUAAUAGCCGCGCUAGCCGAAGUGAACUACAAGAAAACGCUCCGCAAAAUGUUCCUCGAUCCCAACGUCAAGUUUCACCCCGACGCUCUGCUCCGACGCUGCGAGCGAUUCGCAGACGAGAAGAAAACUGCCCCCUUACAUACUAUCGCUGAAUGCGCGAAAGAUACACGUAGAAUUGAUCUGGAUGAAGUUUAUGAACUUAUAUUAAGCGUACAUCAACGUCAAGAUGACUGGCGAUCAGCGCUCGCUCUAUGGGAGAAAAUGCAAGAAUCCGACGUGAGACCAUCACAGAAGUUUAUAAGAAACCUCUACGCUCUGCUCAAAGCUAACAAAAUAACAAUCCCACCACAAUUAUCUACGUUAAUGGAUAGACAGGAGGCCAGUCUGUAGAGUUUGUGUUUAAAGGACAUUGAAAUAAAGUUCAAAAUUCAGUGCUUGAAUAUGAACAGUCGAUGCAAAACCAUUGACAAAUCGCUGGCCCAAUAUUGCAAGGUUCUAUGUUACAUUUU